AUGGCCUUUGCGCCUGAGAGUCCUGCAAGUGGUCUGAAAGAGGACACUGGUGUCCUUUCAUCCCAUGGGUGGCGAAAGCAGGCAGUGAAAGAAGACGGGUCAGCCAGCAACAGCAGCACCCCGACCACGGGCUGUGAGCCCUCAGUGAGCGAGGCAUCGGCAAUGGCCAGUGCAAGAGACUCCCUGUCUCGAAUGUGUGAGUACAGCUUCGACAAGCGGUGCGCGGUGUCGCUCACACAAAUGCAGCGGCCGGAUGAGCCUGAAGGUGCCAGUCGCUGUCGCUCCAAGGUCGGCGGUGAUCUGCAGCGUGCAUCGGUGUCGCUCAUGCGAGCAUCUGCUGCAGCAUCGUCUUCCAGCUGCAGUGCGACGAGCCAGGAAAUUGGAGUGCAGCAGGGUGCCACUAAGCUGCUGCUGCCUUCCGAGAUCGUUAGCGAGCAGAGCGAUUCGCUGAGGCACAUCCAACAAAGCAGCGGAGCCAGGCUGCAGGUCCUGAAUCAGGUGCAGGCAGCGCACUUCGCUGAACGCUUGGUCCACAUCACGGGCAGCUUGGAGGGCCGCCAGUUCGCCCUCACGCAGGUUCUGAAACUGGCUUUUGCGAACCAGCAGGUGGCGAAAGCAAAGUUCCUGGUUCCAGGAAGCCAUGUCGGCACCCUGAUCGGGAAGGGUGGUGACGGCUUGAAGGCCAUACGGCAACAGUGCGGAACCCCUGUCCAGGUGGAGCGAGAGGAGAUCUGUGGCGACCGGUUGGUUUCUGUUUGUGGCGAAUUGUCGUCAGUCCUCGACGCUUGUGGCCUGAUUCUCGAAGCAACGGAGGCUGCCAAGAAGAUGAAGUGUGGCGCAGGAAGCCACAAAACCCACGCCAGGAAGGACGGACGGCGGAAGAGGUGCCACCAUCCAGGCGGAGGAGAUGGACCACCGUCGCCGGCAUGUCGACGAUGA